UCCAAAUAUAUAGAGGAAUGAGAAUUUGCGUGAAUUGAAUUUAAAAAAGUGCAUGAACAAACUAGAGAAAGGAAAAGAAAGGAAGGAUUUGAAGGCGCAAGAAAGAGAGUAAUUGAAUUGGAUCAAAUGGAAUUGACUUUGAUUGUGAAUGAAUUCCGAGGCAAAAAAUCAGAUGAAGAAAAAAAAGAUAACAAAAAACACAAUACCAACACCACCAAAGUAAGACGAAGACGCCGAAGAAGAGCAAUGAUCAAACCCUAACGUUCCGAUUUGGAUUUGUAUGGUGAUUUGUGUGUUUACACCCCUCAGAUUAGAGUUCUGCGGCCAUGAUUAGGCUCUGCAACUGUUUUUGCUGUGCCCGCCGUGGAGUAAUUAGGCUGUUUUGACUUGAUCUCGCCGGAGGCUCUCGAGAUUUUCGUGCCAAUGUCGAAUUUUCAGGUGUCGCCGAAGCGCGUCAGGCCGGGGUGUAAUGUGCUCGUCGUCAUUUGCAGACGGCGCAGGGUUUCGUCUUCGCAGGGUUUGAAGGCCGAGGAGCCAAAUGGUUUCCAAAAGCCCGCGCUCGCCGAUGAGUUAUAUAAGACGGCCAACGCGUUUGCUGAUAUUGCACUGCGCUCAUCUGUAGAGGUACAAGUUUUGGAACCUUUAAGUAAGGAUGAAUUGCAACAGAGGUUGGAAUUUUUGCAACCGGCUGCUGUAUAUUUUACAGGGGAAGUUGACCCUUCAAGACAAGAAUUUGGGCCACUUUUUGUUGGUGAUUUGGAACUUUGUAAUGCUGAUGAUAUUGCCUCACUUUUCAAAGGAAAGCUCCCCAAUUUGGUUUGUAUGGAGAUUUCUGAUGGCAUCAAGUUGGGAGAAGGAUUAUGCUCUAAGGGAAUACCAUAUGUUGUUGUUUGGAAAGGUUGUCUGACAAUGACAUUUGCAAUAUUAUUUCGUCAAGCAUUUUUGCCUGCUAUACAAAGUGGAGGCGAAGUAUGGGAUUCUUUCCAAGUUGCCAAAGCAUCUUUUCAGUUUCACUCUUCACGAUUACAUUUGCAGUCAUUUAGAAAUGGGAAAUAUAAGGCGAGCUCAAUAUGUUGCCCCACUUUACUUGGGAAACCGCCUUCUGUCAUGUAUAAUCACUCAAUAUAUAAAGAGGUUAGCGAGGAAGGGGUUGCUUCUAUAACUUCUGGGGCUGUACAAAUUUUUGAGGACAACACAGAAAUUCGUCUUCUUCUACGCACAGAGAUUGGUGCUGAGGAACCAAUUCAAUUGUCAGCAUUGCAAGAUGGAAUUAAUGCUCUAUUGACUGCUGAAGUUAGGGGAACACGACUUAUGCAUCGAAAUAGUGCACCCUUGCCACCUGCAGCAGCCUCUGCCCUAGUGCGGGGUAUGGUAGCAAUGCGAUGUGAUGUUUGCUCUUCCAGUUUUGCUCGAAUAUCACUCGUCGUCUCUGGUAGUGCAGAGAUAUGUCUGAAGGAUGAGGUACUGGAGCAUUGCAUCAGAAAGCAACUAGUAAAUAGAAGCCCGUUUGUGCAGUUUAUCAGUUCAGGGGAUAAUAAGUCAGCAUUACGACCUGGCAUGCGACAGACUGUGUGUGUUGCAUCUGGUGCUUCUACAGUGGAAGCUUGCAUCAAAGCUUCCACUUGGGCAGGACAGAUUCUGCGCCAGCUUGCACUUCAGCCAGCCUACUGGAAUUUGGUUUCACUGGGAAUAGCUGGUGUUGAUGGGGUCCCUGUUGCUGCUUUCCACAGAGAUGAUAGUAACUCCAUUGCAUCCUUGAAGCAGAAAGAUCAUGAUGAAGUUGAUAAAAAAUUUCGUUCUGAACUAACUAGCAGAUCUACAUUGCCUGUCUGGUUUGCCAUACCUGUGGGAAGCAGGAAGAGGGUCAGAUGGGACAAUACUAACAUUGAUUACUCCAAUGGUGACGGGAAGCAAAUGAUCUCCAAUUUGGAUGAUCUGGGCAGGAAAAGAUCAGGUCAAGAAAAGAAGUCAUUGAUAAAAACUGGGAGCUCAAGCAAGCAAAGGCUGCGUUUGCUAGAAGCAAUGAAGCCUGUACCACAUUCCAAUAAAGAGAAGCUUGUACCAUUUGGGACAAUGAUUGGAGGUCCUCCAGGUUGCUUGUCAAGAAAAGCUGUUCUGUCAAAUGGGGGAGUUGUAAAAGGCAACCAUUUUAAUGUGCCGGCAUCUCCUGUAGCUCCUGGCAAUGAUGGCAACUAUCCAGCAGCUGGAGUUGUUCCACCGCAGCAUGCUCUUUCCCUAGGAUUUUCAGCCACUAGGAAGCAUGGGUGCUCCCGACAGAGUUUGGAUGAGUGUUCGGAGGUGGAGUUUUUAGAAGAUCUAACACAAUUCUUGGUCUCUAGAGGGCAUGGACGACUUAUUCCACUAACAGGAAUAGAUCAAUUCCCUAAUGUUGUUUUAAAUGGAAAGAGGCUAGACCUUUAUAACCUGUAUCGUGAGGUGGUCACAAGGGGAGGUUUCUAUGUUGGUAAUGGUAUUAAUUGGAAGGGGCAAAUUUUUCCAAAGAUGCGCAAUCACACAAUGGCAAAUCGAAUAACGGGUGUUGGAAACACUUUAAAAAGACAUUAUGAGACUUACCUCUUGGAGUACGAACUAGCUCAUGAUGAUGUCGGUGGCGAAUGCUGCGUACUUUGCUACAGUGGUGCUGAGGGUGAUUGGGUCAACUGUGGUAUUUGUCGUCAGUGGGCACAUUUUGGUUGUGACAGACGAACUGGUCUAGGUGCAUUUAAGGAUUAUGCCAAGACCGAUGGCCGUGAGUACAUAUGCCCCCGCUGCACUGUUAGGGUUCUUACUGGAGGUAAAGAUAGUGAGAAGCCAAGAUGAGAAUCCACACCAUCCAUUGAAAAGUGAUACAAUGAUGCGUUGAUGCAUCUAUUUUUAUGGUACACCACCAUAUUUACAUCUUUUCAGAAUCAUUGCCCAUUUGCAGUCGUAAAUGGAAGGCAGAUGUAUCUUAUGUACAUUAGUCUUAACUAACCCAUGAUUUUGGGUUCUGGUAUUUCUAGAUGGAACAAAAUUCAUAUUUCAUUAUCACAUGUAUUGUCGCCUCAAUUGAAUGUGUGACCUUGGUAGAUACACAUCUACCCCGCUUCUGAUUAGCCUCAUGAGCUUUUGAUGUAAUCAUAUAUAUAUCUAAUGUGUGAAAGUGUCAGGUCUGGACACCAUUGGUCCAAAUUUUGAUCAUGAAUCGGAGAUUACCUCUCUUGAGAAUGUAAAGCUUUCUUGUAAGGUUAUCCAAUCCAAUUGACCUGUGCACUUCGGCAUGGGAGAUCGGAAAUUGUGCCAUAA